UUUUUCUCUAUAUUUGUGGAAAUGGAUGGGAUUAAGGGAAAAUUUAUGGACCUAUUGCACAAACAGGCAAAUCGACAAAUGAUACCAGCCAUGGGCUUUUCAGAUUACUUCAUACAAAAUGUUACUGAAAACAAAUCCGAUGCAACUUCUUCGAGGAAAAAGGCCAGUGGCGAAGAUGGUGGUGGUGGUGGAAUUGCUGAUGAAUGCGAUUCAUCAGAAGCCAGUAGUUCCCAGAAAUCCGAUCAAGAAAUAUUGGAGAGCAUAACAGACAUUUACUUCCAGCCAGACAGUAAUGCAGACAUGUAUGAAUUGCAGAAAGUCUUGGCAAAUGGCGUUGAUUAUGGCCUAAUUGAAACAACCAUGAUGCAAUUGCGUACCCAACACAAAGUAUUAUCCAAACAAGUAUUGCAAAACAUAUUGGAACAGCGAAGUGCCUGCAAUGUUGAAUUUACCGCCAUCAAUGAAAUCCAAAAGGAAUUGGAGGAAUCUCUGUGGACAUGUCGCAAGGCCCGUUCGUACUUAAAUUAUGCCAAACAAAAUUUAACCACAACUAGUCUGGAAAUAUUGGCUUCCUAUCGUAAACGCGAGAUACUUAAAGAGUUGCUCAAUACACUACAGGCCAUCAAGAAGUUGAAAUCUACCGAUGUUGAAGUUCAAAAACUUUUGUCAGACUGCAACUAUUCCGGAGCAAUAUCAUUGUUACUUAGCUGUAAAGAUUCCGCCGAUGAAUUUAUGCAAUAUAAUUGCGUUCAAUCGUUGAAUAAAAAACUACAAGAGACUCUGCUACUGACCGAAUUUCAAUUGGAUACAGUUUUGAAUGAGAUGAUACUUAACUUUGAUAUGCGUAAAUAUUCAAAACUUCAGGAGGCAUACAAGCUGUUAAAUAAGUCCCUGAUUGCCAUGGAUCAGCUCCACAUAAAUUUCAUAUCGGCCAUACAUUCCUCGGUAAACUCCGUUCUGCGCGGCUAUAAUGAUCCAAAUAUUGAUGAUAAUUUCAAGUUACUCUACGAACAACUGUGCGAGCAGGUUGAGGCGGACAAAUACAUUUCGUGUUUGAUAAGUCUGUGCAAAACCGUCUGGACCAUUUUAUCAUCAUAUUAUCAAAUUGUUAUAUGGCAUCAAAACUAUAAACUCUAUCCGUUGGAUAUGCCCGAAUCGCCUGAUAAUUAUAUUCAGGAAAAACUCAAAAAAGGACAAUCACGUAUAUGGAAUGAUAUUCUAACAAAAAUUUGUAUAUUUUUACAAAGUUCCAAAUUGCGUACCCUUAAGUAUGAUCAGUUCAUUCAAGUUCUCAGCAUUAUACAAAGGCUGAAGAAAGUCGGUCAGGAAUUUUGUGGUGAAAAUUCAGAGAAAUUAAUUGAAACAAUGCAGCUGCAAAGUGAGGAGUUUUUUCAACGUUAUCAUGUCUGUUGUUUGGAGGAGAUUUGUCUGUUUUUGGACAACGAGUCGUGGACAGUGGUGGAUUCCUUUGCCAACAUACUACAGCUGCCGGAAUUCCGUUCAAUACGCCAUUCCUUGAGACGUCAUAAAACCCCACCAGCCUUAAUGGUCACCACGAAUACAUUGUCGGUUAACAAUUCCCCUACCAGCAACAAUAAUUGUGAUGAAUUGGUUUCGGUACACUCGCAAGACGGUGGUAGUUCCAUUUAUGGUUCCUAUGGUUAUUUCUUACGUUUCAGUGAGAAAAGUUCCCCCUUUGAUGGUGGCCUUGAUGUUGCCAUGUUAGAAGAAGAUAUUUUGUCGGGAGUUGUUGAUGAGGCCUCUUGCUAUUUCAGUGAAGAGGACGCGGAGGAAAGCGAUGAUGAUCCUUUUCUUGUUUUGACAAAAUAUUCCUUUUUGAGUAAACUAUUUGUUUUUAACUGA